AUGUCCUAUUUUGACUGGAAUGAUCGCCUCCCGAACAGCCUCCGGGCAGGCUUCCAGCCACCGUCCGAGGAAGCAGAGGAGGACAUGAAACGCAGACACCAUGCGGAGUUAGUCGAAUACGAACGCUUUGCAACGAGCAUUCGCUCCGAGUACACGAAACCAAUCGAUAAGAGCCGCGCCGUGCAGCAGCUCUCAAGGCUGAAGCAGCAGAUGCGCGACCGCCAUGUAUCAGAAGAAGCUGUGCUCAGCGGCUCUGAGCGAGCGUCGAAGAAAGCCCAGAUCCUUUUGAACGCAGGGCCUUCACAUCCUGUAGCCUCUGGGAAAACAGAUAAUGUCGCAGAAGAUCCAGUACGUGCCGGCUUUCUCCCUCCACAGGAUGCAAGAGGCCUAAUUGGGGGUGCCCUGGCUCAUGCAAACCGCAUGGCAGAGCAGGCAUCUCAUAAAGUCCUUCGCUCGACGGUGAAUCGCACCGCAAUGGAUAACGAGAUCAUCGAGAGAUAUGUGAAAAAGACAGAAGCCCGCUCAGGCCCUGGAGCGCGCUUUGGCUUCAUCCAACGGAUCAACCAGAAGGCCGCCGCCUUGGGAAAGCGGGUCAUAACCGUUGAGGCAGACAAUCACUGUUUGUACAAUUCUCUGAUUGCAGGCCUUCACGGGCCAUCUGAGAAUUCGGGAGAGGCUGUCAGGCAUCUACGAAACCUAGUGGGGGACUACAUUGCCGCACAUGCAGAUAUCUAUGCAGACAUGAUAAAUGUGAUGGUCCAGAUGUCGCUUGCAGCGUACGUGGAGGGCGUGAAGACAGAAGCCAUGGGAGACGAGCUGGAGUGCUCUGUAGCGGCAAAGGUGCUGAGGGUGAGGAUACACCUACUUACGCCAGACGACGACGUCCGCAUCUUCGAUCCUGAGGGCUCAUCAGAGGCCGAUAUUUGGAUUGCAUAUUAUCCUAGCUACACCAUUCUAGGGGAUCCUCACUACAACGUACUAAGGUGA